AUGAGGACAAUUUCCAACCUCUGCCUUCUUUCUAUUUGGCUGGUUGACAGUGGGUCUUUGUGUUGGGAUCCCUGUAUGAAUCGUGGGUGGGAAUCUGUACAUGUCAAGAUUUCAGAGGACAGCCCUUGUCUUUGCAGAAUUGAGCGGGUGAUGGACAACAACACCACUGUGAAGAUGGUGCCCAUAAAAAUUGUACACUCAGAAAGCCAGCCGGAGAAGGAGAGCCGCCAGAGUCUCGCAUGCCCAGCCGAGCUGCCCGCCCUGCCCAGUGGGCUGGAGAGAGACCAGAUCAAGACAUUGAGUACAUCGGAGCAGUGCUACUCCCGCUUCUGUGUGUACACACGACAGGAGGUGGAAGCCCCUUAUAGAGCCCGCCCUCCAGAGCCCCGGCCUCCCAGCACCCCUGCACCUCCUGUCAGAGAUAGCUGUUCUUCCCCUCCCUCACUCAACUAUGGGAAGGCCAAGGAGAAGACCGAGGAUGACUUGAAGUCUGAAGAAUUAGCCAGAGAGAUUGUGGGAAAGGACAAGUCAUUGGCUGACAUCUUGGACCCCAGUGUGAAGAUCAAAACCACCAUGGAUCUGAUGGAGGGAAUUUUCCCCAAAGAUGAGUACCUUCUGGAGGAAGCUCAGCAGCGGAGGAAGCUGCUUCCCAAAGUCCCCUCACCUAGAGUCACAGAGGACAAGAAACAGGACUCAGGUGUGCCAGGGGUCGUGUCCUUGGCCACCAAUUCUGCCUAUUACAGCACAUCAGCCCCCAAGGCAGAACUGCUUAUCAAGAUGAAAGGCCUACCGGAGCCCGAGGAGUAUUCAGGGAGUGACUUGGACCGUGACCUGUCAGUUAAGAAGCAAGAGCUCAUCGACAGUAUCAGCCGCAAGCUGCAGGUGCUCCGGGAAGCCCGUGAAAGCCUGCUGGAGGACAUCCAAGCCAAUAAUGCUCUGGGGGAUGAGGUGGAAGCCAUUGUGAAAGAUGUCUGCAAACCCAAUGAGUUUGACAAGUUCCGGAUGUUCAUUGGGGACCUGGACAAAGUGGUGAACCUCCUGCUGUCACUGUCAGGCCGCCUGGCCCGUGUAGAAAAUGCCCUCAAUAAUUUGGAUGACAGUCCUUCUCCUGGAGAUCGGCAGUCACUAUUGGAGAAACAGAGAAUCCUAACCCAGCAGCAUGAGGAUGCCAAGGAGCUUAAGGAGAACCUGGACCGUCGCGAGCGCAUUGUGUUUGACAUCCUAGCCACCUACCUCAGCGAGGAGAACCUGGCUGACUAUGAGCACUUCGUGAAGAUGAAGUCAGCCCUUAUCAUUGAGCAGCGAGAGCUGGAAGAUAAAAUCCACUUGGGUGAAGAGCAGCUCAAGUGCUUGUUCGACAGCCUACAGCCUGAGAGAAGCAAAUGAGAAGCCCAUCCUGCAGAAGUUGGACACUGAGCCUUGGAGAUUAAUGCCUGGGAAUAUAAGAGUGAACCCAAGCCUAUUUGCCCAUCUUUGGAGAGACACACUCUGGAGCCACAAGGCUAGUAAAAAAAGCAAUAAUGUCCUGUUAGUAUGUGAUGAUUUAUUUAUGUUUUUCAUUUCUCUUGGUUUGCUGAGCAGAGUUUUGUAUUACACGUGACUUCACAGAAUGCCAGGCUUUGAUGGUCAGCAGGGUCCCCUAGGAUGUCCAAAGGCUGGGCCCACAAUACACGUAAGCACUCCUUUGCAGCAGUGGCACCAUUGUUCCUCCCCUGUGUAGAUGCCAAAUACAUCCCUAUGGUGCAGGAGAGGAAAGACCCCUGUGAUUUAGCCAGGCAUGGGCUGCUGUGUGUUCUGUCCUUGUUCAUUCUACAAUGUGAGCAUUCAUGGAUCUAUCAUCCUGGUAUUCUCUGACCCAGUUAAAAUCAGUAAUGAUGAUAAAUUAUUGAUGUGUUGGAAACAUGAACAGUUUCCUAGUGGUUAAAAAACAACUAUGAAAUGAACAACCUAUAUAUUGGAUGCAUUCAUUCCAAGAGUAAAAUCAUCACAUAACUUGUGUGCAUGCUUUGAAACACCCCAAACAAACAGAUAGCUAGUGUCCUUCUUGUCACAUCUUAAAUAAUUUGAAGUCAAAUGACAUUACUUGGUUAAAAGUGUGUCUACUAAUAAUGUUAUUGCUUGCUCUUUAUUUCCUGAGACUAAUGGAAUAUUUUGAAGUUUCUUUCCCCCAAACACUAAUUUGUUUGUGUAUGUGAUCUUUAAUGAUAAUCGGUGGCUUGUCUCUCUUUACUUUUCUGUCUGUUACCGUGAGCCACGUGCCAUGUACCUUAAGACUUAAGAUUCCAUCUUCUAGUUUGUCAGAGGUCUUGUGGAGUGCUUACAUUUGAAACGAUUUCAAGAUUCCUUGUCCUUAGCAGUUAAAAAAGAUGACAAAUAGAGUGUUACUCAUUAAAGCAACACUGUCAUUCUAUUGGUUUCUAGUUAACAGGACAGAGAUUGGGAAAAAAUAUUUGUAAAUCAUGUGUCAGAUUUGUUAUUCAUUUUGUUUUUAUUAUUAUCUGUUUGUUUUAGAAGAGUCUCAUGUAACCCAGAUUGGCUUCAAUCUCCCUAUGUAGUCCAGAUGACCUUGAACUCCUGAUCCUCCUGCCUCCACUUCCUGAGCUCUGGGUUUACCAACAUACCCCACUUCCAUGGCUUCAUAUAUCUGAUAAAAGAUUUGUAUGAAGAACUCCCAACAGUAGAAAACAAACCAUUUGAAAAAAGUGGGCAAAAGACUUGACUAGACACUUCACCAAAGAGGAUGUAUGUAUGGCAGAUAAACACAUGAAAAAUGUUCACCCACCAGUGACAUGUAUAACUUACUUACAUUAAAUGUGUGUAGAUUUGGUGUAGUUCAAAAGAUGUUUAUGUAACUAAAUGCAUGGUGAAAGAUGAGCAAGUCCCUCUAGUGACUUGAUGUUUAGGCAUCACUAGUCUUGGUUCUAUCAAGGGAUUAUUUCACUCUUAUUUUCCCCUGAGAUUGCAGCAGAUGCAAAGAGUCCCUCUCUGAGCAGUAACCACACCCUUUCCAGAAUACACAUGCACACUUAGAUCCAUGUGUAUAUGCAUGUACUCACACUCCCACAUACAGUUGUCUUAAAGGACCAGAAUCCAUGCAUCCUGAGCCAGAGGAACAGAGGUUGACACCAUAAGCUCUGGUGAAGAUGAUAUCGUCCUCCGUACAGAUGAGUCAAGAUGGGCAAGCUUCUGUACUGCAGACCACAGAUGGCCUUGUUGACAGCCUAUCACUAUCAGCCGGGAGAAAACCUUUGCAGAAGUGUUGAUUCCUAUUAAACAAAGCUACGUCUACCUUUCCAAGUCCCUGAUCUGCCACUGUAGCCUCCUCCUUCCACUUGGUCAUCCCUUGCUGUGAACAUGGAUCAUGUCAGAAAAUGUGAUGAUGGCUGUCCACAAACUUUUCAAGGAAUUGCAGACUGUUUUGUUUUUAAUUUACACAAAGCUAUUUACCUGUGGUUCUUUAUCCCCAAAUACAGUGUUGUGAACAUUUUAAUGAUAUGUGUGUAAAAUGUGAAUAAUGGAAUUUUGUUUGUCUGUAACCUGCCUUUUCGUGUUGUUCCAGGAUUGUCUGUUAUGGAGAGCAAUAUUUAGUGUACUAGCAUGCUUGUACUGAAGCACAUAACACUUAUGACCUUCCUGUCCAUUCCCUGCUUGCCUGUUCCAUGUCUGAUUAGCAGGGACACAAAAAUUCCAGAGAGUCCAUGUACGUGUGUCUGUGAAUAGUGAUACUACUGCAUAAGAAACAAUCUGGUGCUAAUGGUUGGUCUUUGGCAUGCAUAGAUGUGGCCAUAGCUAUGGAACUCUUAACUCUCUGUACACACACUGACCUUGCUUGUGGUCGGUUUUUGUGGCUUUACCCUGAACUCUGCCCUGGCAAAAAUGCACAUUUGUUCUUGAUGCUUACCACUUAUCAACAGAUCCUCUUG